AUGCCAGCAGCCAUGUCGACGACUCCUCGCGCUCGCGGCCGGUCGUCCCACCGCCGCGCCCGGUGCAGGUGCUUAGCCGCCAACAAAGGGGACAGCGCCACGCCGUGCUGCACCUUCAACCCGCUGAGGUCCCUCUUCCGAUGCCCCGGCCGAGACCGUAGCCGCAGCCGCAGUCGCAGCAAGCAUCGGCAGCGGACGCCGUCGAAGGUCCGUGAUGCGCUGACGAUGGCCGCCGGAGCGCAGCAGCAGCAAACCCAGGAGGAGGAACCUUCUUUCUUCGCGUACACCAUGCCGAACCACAGCGGCAUCGGCGCCACCGACGAGCACAAGAAGAAGAAGAAGAAGAAGCACCGGAAACCACGCAUGCCGUCCUUCGGCUCGUGCUUCCGCAGGAAGAAGAAGGAGCGGAAGCAGGCCAAAGCCGCGGCCACGGUGAGCGCCCCGCGGCGCCCGGCGCUCACGCCUGCUGCGUCGCUGCUGACGCAUCCGCCUGGCUCCCCUGCUGCGUCGGAGAAGGUGCAGGCCGCGGCGACCCCGGCUGUGACGCAGCCACCUUCUCCUGCGCCUACGGAGGACGGCAGCACCACCGUCAACUCGCCAGCGCCGACAGGACGACAACCGACCACGGCGAGGUCGGUCAAGCACUCGACGCGGUCACCUUUCGUGCCGCAGAUGCAGCAGCAGCAGCCGAAGCAGGUGGAGGGGCUAGAGAUCGUCGAGGUGGCAACGGGCGAGCGGCUGUCGACGCACGAAUUGGGCCUCAUCGAGAUGGUUGGCAGCUCAGCUGACAACUCUGCGGAGUCCUCCGUGAAGUCAUCGCUGGAUUACGUCAACGAACCACCACUGCCGCCAGCCAAACGGACGGUGGUGGAGAGGGUGGGAGCUGCGGCGGUGCCGGGGAAGAUUAAAUCUGCCGAGUCCCAAGCACGGGAACGGUUUUCCGAGCCUCUUGUGGCUGCGGCGGCCGAGGGACUGUGGGCGCACGACGUCGCGUGCAGCCGCGUGCACGCUGUCAUGCUCGCCGAAACGGUAAGAUGUUCGAGCUCAUAA